AUGAGUAAAGACGACGAAUAUGAUUAUCUUUUUAAAGUUGUUUUGAUUGGUGAUUCGGGUGUUGGCAAAUCAAAUUUGCUUUCGCGAUUCACACGUAAUGAAUUCAAUCUGGAGUCUAAGUCAACUAUCGGUGUCGAGUUUGCGACCAGAAGUAUUCAAGUAGAUAAUAAAACUAUCAAAGCACAAAUUUGGGAUACUGCUGGUCAGGAACGUUAUAGAGCUAUCACAAGCGCAUAUUAUCGUGGAGCCGUUGGUGCUUUACUUGUCUAUGAUAUUGCAAAACAUAUCACAUACGAAAAUGUCAACCGUUGGUUGAAAGAAUUAAGAGAUCAUGCUGACAGCAAUAUUGUCAUUAUGCUUGUUGGAAACAAAAGUGAUUUAAGACAUUUGAGGGCAGUACCGACCGAGGAAGCUAAACAGUUUGCUGCUGAAAACAAUCUCUCUUUCAUUGAAACAUCUGCAUUGGAUGCUAGUAAUGUAGAACUUGCUUUCCAAAAUAUUCUGACGGAAAUUUACCGUAUUGUUUCCAACAAAGCACUCGAAAACAAUAGUGGUGACGUCACCAGGCCAACUGCUGGUGAAACGAUUCAGGUUACUACUUUGCCUGAUGAUUCUAAAAAUCAAUCCGGUAAAUGCUGUUAA